GUCACGCAGCAGCCUGCCCAGGGCCAGGAUCAUUGCCAAGAUGUCUCCAUGGUGAUGGCGAGGACGCGCAGAGAGAAGGAAGGAAGGAGGCGGGGACGAGCUUGCUUCUUCCCCUUACUGUAAUGUGUGUUGUGCAAGGAUUCAGUAAAGUGACGUCUGCGAAUCAGACGGGGUCUGGCUGGACAAAGGAAGCCUGAGCUUUGUUAACAUGUCACCUCCUUUCGCCCCUGGAUGUUGCUCCUGGUUUGGACAGUGUCCAUCACACAAUAGACAAGGGAGGGCUGACCUCCAAGAAUGAAAAUGGGGAGUGCGUUUCAGAAGGUUGCCUCUGUCUUAUCUUGCAGCUCUGAUGAUGAACUGAGCUGCGUUUCAACCAACAUGGAUGAAGUCAUGGCUGACAGGAUGCUGGAUGCAUGCCACAAGAAGAUAAAGAGACUCCCAGUUCCUAUCUGCUCCUUCACAUAUGUAGAGAAGCUGUACAUCAGCAACAACAAACUGAAGGAACUCCCUAAUGAGUUUGAGCAGUUGGUCAACUUAAAGAUAUUAGCACUAGACUUUAACAAAUUUGAAGAUGUGCCUAAAGUUGUUUGCAAUAUGCCGAACCUAACCCGGCUCUACCUUGGUAGCAAUAGAUUAAUGACAAUUCCUCCAGAGUUUAGGAAUCUAGAAAACCUCAGGUGUCUCUGGAUAGAGAGCAACUAUUUCAGAAAAUUUCCCAAACAAUUAAUUAAUAUGCCUAGUCUGAGGUCGCUACAGAUGGGGGACAACAAGCUUAAGACUUUACCAGAGGACCUGGUUAGGUUCAUAAACCUACGUGGAUUUUGGUUAUAUGGCAAUAGAUUCGAGAACUUCCCAAAGGUAUUACUAAAGAUGGAAUUUCUAGAAAUCCUUGAUGUAGACAAAAAUAAAAUCACUGAAUUCCCCAAUAUGGAACACCUUUCGAGGCUCAAAUUGUUUUCAUAUGACCAUAAUCCUGCUAAGCACCCGCCAAAUGUGGCAGAUGGGGUGACACUGGUAGGUGAAGGGGCAGCCGAAUUACUGGCUGCCAGAGCUCAAGAAAAUGAAGAGAAUGAUGAAAAUCAGGAGCCCCUGCACAGCAUCCUCAAAAAUGGCUCCAUGGCAUUGGAAACGGAGGGCAACUUCUCCGCUUUAGACUGUUCUCAAGAGGAAACAUGAGAUCAGCUGCAGAUACCAGCCAUGGAAUAUCACAUAUCAGGCACUGAGUGACAGCUCUGUUGAAGUCAUUGUGAGAUAGUGGUUAACUCACUGUGGACCAGUGGGAGAUGGAGGAAGCAGCUGGAGAUAUAAAUGGCCCAAGGGACCGGAACUGGGUGAAAAAUGGUCGAAAAAAAUAGAAAAGUUGGCUAUUUCUUAGUAUGACUCAAUUUAAGUCAGAUUAUAGGAUUCAGUCUUUUAAACCAGUAUGGGCCCUUCUAAUGAAAGAUCGUGCUGUGACAGAUUUAUCAGCUGAUGUUAGCAAUGUGGAUGUGCCACAUGCAAUUUAGGACCGUAUGUAUCUGUAUCACCAGAUUAACUCAAGAAUGUCUAUGACUCUGCAUUGCAGUGAUAAGAUGGCAGUUGGAUAAUACUUCAUAAGGGACAGUAGUCAAAUGAUAUCAAUAACAGUUUUAUAAUUACUAAAGAAAUGAAGAAAGAGGGUUGAUUUUUGUAUGGCAAUAAGAUUUGGGGUAAGAGUUACAUAUUUAUUAAUAAGUUGUUCUUACUAAUAAAUUUGUAAUGAAUAAAAUUCAUGGAAGUGUCACUAGAAUGUGUUACUCCUGAGCAAUUGAUCAUAUUCAGCACCAUUACUGAACUCCAUUCAUCACUUUGAAAAUAAGCUGCUUCAUCGAUGGUUUACAUAUUAAAAGAAUUCCAAGGAGUUAAAAAUAACAACUCAUUCUGUCCACAGCAGAGGUUUUAAAAAAGGGAAAGAAAAAAAAAAUCAUACACAGUAUUUGCAUGCAUGACUGCUUUGCGUUUCCAUUUCCUUAAAUGGCAAGGGAGAGAUUUUUUUAGCUGGAAGGGAGUGUGCCAGGAAUGCAGCACAGAUCUACUCACACAUCCACUCCUUUACUUCUGUUUAGGGACAUAGGAUUCAUACUAUUGCACAAAUAUAAACCAGGAAAUAUGGGGAAAAAUAUUACAAUAACUGAAAAUUGUCAUACAAUUGACAUUGGAGGAAAUCCUGUGUAAAAGGUCAUCUGCAGAAGCACUAUAAUUGAUGAGCAAUGUAAGUAAACAUGCAGAAUUUUACUGAAGACAGUUAAUUUUUAUUCCCUGACCGGUCUAUUUAAUCCACUUGUCAGGGGACUGCUUCUUCCUAAGAUUUAAGUCCUCAAAUUCCAGUAUCUUACCCUUACCCACAUGGCAAUUCUUCAAGUGUAAACCCAGAAAAUUAACAUCAGCAAGUUAUUCAACUUUUACUUCUACUGUUCUUCCUUCACAUUACCAAACACAUACUUUCCAGUAUGGGGAAAGGUAUGAAGAACAGACUCUAUGCCUCAUGUUUCCCUCUAAUCUGGAGUAGAAUGGACAACUGUAUUCCUUCAAUUCAUCACUAGCUAAGAUUAAACCUGGGGCCUGCAAUCAGUAUGCUAAGUUGCAUCCCACAUGGUACCUUUACUCGCCAAAGAAGCUGUCAAUUUAAUUCCUACUGGUACACCCCUAACUAUUGACUUAGGAACAAUAGCUUGGAUUUUCCUGGAUCUCACUUACACAGAAAUGAAGCUAAGAUAUACCUCAGUUUCUAUGCCAACCUUGUUAACGGAAUUUAUGAUGAAAUUUCUUGUGGAGUUCAUUUGGCUACACUGGAAUGUAAAAAUUGGCGUAAAACAAGUACAAAUUCAAUGCCACCCUAAGGAGUAACAUUGAGUGUGCCACUGUACCCUGCCAAGGUGCCUCAUUCUCAGAACCACUUGGCCUCUGCUGCUCUUCUUCUCCUGCCAUUAGGCAGAACAUGGAUAUUGGUAUUGGGAAAGCCAUUCCUGCUGCUUAGUCCUCUUGAAUGUGUGGAAAACCGAGAGCACUGAAGCUAACAGCACUUUGGUUAUGUAUAGUUCAAAUCUGAGGAAGAAAAAAAGCAAAAACAAUCACAAAAGAAACUGUUCUCUAAUUCCAGGAAUCUGAUACACUGAUAUGAUGUGAAUUUUAGGUUUUGCUGUGCCUAAACGUGUGGUGAAAAUCUAUGCCAGUGCAUUGCGUGCAUAAAUCUAGGAACCUGGUAUGAGCUGGUCGAUUGCUUGGACAUGGAGCUAUGUAAAUGAGCGAUAGUGAAUUUCAGCAGACUCUCAAAAGUGAUGUAAGCGAGUGGUGAAAUUCCGACAUAACUGAUUUUUAGCAUAAAAUUAGUUAAAUUAAUUCCAUGCAAAUUUCCUCGGAAGGAAAAUGACAUCAAAGAUUUCCAGAAAAUUCAGGAGGAAACUUCCCAUCCAAUGGAUUUUUAAAAAAAAACAGUAAAAGGGAGGGAUUUGGAGCAUACAACAAUAAAGGAAGUUGCAUAAAAUGUAAUUAGGAGCUACAAGAUGGUCCUAGAUGUUGUAGAGAAGCUAUCCUGCUGAUUAUGGAAACAUGGUAGAAAAUGGGAAAAAUAAAAAUACCGUUGGAGGAAUGAAGCAAAAAGACCAAUGGAAGUGCAGAAUUAAGGGUUGCAAUUCUGACAAGUCCUUUGUCAGCUACGUUAUUUUAAACAUGUUAAUUCCUCCAUUAAAACUGUAGAGGAUUUUCAUA